CAGUCAGAGCUCAGGUGUCUCUGUGGUCAUCCUCGGGGUCCUACAGAAAGACAGACAGGUGUUCAGGCAGACAGGUACCGUCUGACAGGUGACAACAGACCAACACAGCCGAGGAGACGAACUGCAGCUUCCAGUGUCUACCUGUUCUCCUCUGUAUGUUGGAGGGUUGUCUCAUCUCGGGUGUGGACCUGUCUGUCUCGGGUGCGUCUCCAUGGAGGACCUGGUCAAACACCUGUCCAGGUGUCAGCACCUGGGCUGGAUGAAGGUGAUAGAGCUGAAGAGCGCUUCCAUUCAUUGGCUGUCCUGCGGUCGGAGGGCGGAGCCUGACAUCUGGAGUAGAAUGUUCUGCAUCCUGUCAGACUCACAGCUGCUGAUGUUGGACAACCUGGAGGUUCAUCCUCUGCUUCUGGCCGAGAGGGCGGAGACGUGCACCGUCUGGUUGCUAAGAUACACCCUCCAUGUGACAUCAGCGCCUUCUGGCCCCGCCCACAAAGGUUCAGACGCUCCGGAUAGGGGGGGGCGCAGACAGAGCAUGCCCAGUGGCUCCACCGUGGACACGCCCACCGCCAGGGUGACGGGUUUUCUGUCUCGGAGGUUGAAGCAGUCUCUCCGUCGGACUCGCUCUCAGCCCAAACUGUCUCGUCACAGCAGCAUGAAGAGCAGCCUGAUCACUAACACUGAUUCCAGGUGUGUGAUGCGACGGCUGCGUUGUGGAAGCCAGGAGUCGUUGCUAAGCGCCGGCUGUGUGUCGUCUCUGGAGCUCAGAAUGGACCAAUCAGUGAUCAUCAAACCCGUCCACUCCUCCCUGCUGGGACAGGACUACUGCUUUGAGGUAACGACCUCGACGGGCACCAAGUGCUUCUCGUGUCGCUCGGCGGCUGAACGAGACAAAUGGAUGGAGAACCUGCGAAGAGCCGUCCACCCCAACAAGGACAACAGCCGGAGACUGGAGAACGUCCUGACAGUUUGGGUGGUGGAGGCCAAGGACCUGCCGGCCAAGAAACGGUACUUCUGUGAGCUCUGUCUGGACGACAGCCUCUAUGCUCGGACAUCCUGUAAGCUGAGGAUGGACAACGUGUUCUGGGGAGAACGCUUCGACUUCAGCAGCCUGCCAUCCGUCUCGUCCGUUACGCUGCACCUCUACAAGGACACCGACCGCAAGAGGAAGAAGGACAAGAGCAGCUACGUGGGAUUGGUCAACAUCCCUGUCGCCACGGUGACCGGCAGACAGCUGGUGGAGAAGUGGUACUCAGUGAGUACGCCCAGUACCAGCAGAGGUAAGUAGCUGUCCCAUGGCGGGACCGGAGACGUCCACGUCCCCGUCUCACCAUCCUCCGUGUCCCCAGGGAAGUCCUCGGUGCCCACGGUGCGGGUCAAGGCCCGCUACCAGAGCAUCGUCAUCCUGCCCAUGGAGCAGUACAAGGAGUUCGCCGAAUACAUCAGCUCCAACUACCUGCUCCUCUGCUCCACCCUGGAGGCCUCCAUCAGCCUCAGGGCCAAGGAGGAGCUGGCUGCUGCCCUGGUGCACAUCCUGCACAGCACCGGCAAGGCCAAGGACUUCCUGACAGACCUGAUGAUGUCGGAGGUGGACCGUUGCCGUGACAAUGACCAGCUGAUCUUCAGAGAGAACACACUGGCGACAAAAAGCAUCGAGGAAUACUUGAAGCUGAUUGGACAGAAGUACCUGCAGGACGCCCUGGGUGAGUUCAUCAAAGCCCUGUAUGAGUCUGAUGAGAACUGUGAGGUGGACCCGUCUCGCUGCUCCACCUCCGACCUGCCAGAACAUCAGGCCAACCUGAGAAUGUGCUGCGAGCUGGCCUUCUGCAAGAUCCUGGACUCAUACAGGGUCUUCCCCCGGGAGCUGAAGGAGGUGUUUGCAUCGUGGCGUCAGGAGUGUGGUAACCGGGGGCGACCAGACAUCAGCGAGCGUCUGAUCAGCGCCUCAUUGUUCCUGCGCUUCCUGUGUCCUGCCGUGAUGUCACCAUCGCUGUUCGACCUCAUGCAGGAAUACCCUGAUGAGCGCACGGCAAGAACGCUGACGCUGAUCGCCAAGGUCAUCCAGAACCUUGCCAACUUCAGCAAGUUCGGCACUAAGGAGGAGUACAUGCUGUUCAUGAAUGACUUUGUAGAGCGCCAGUGGAGCAGCAUGCAGCGUUUCCUGCAGGAGAUCUCCAACCCCGAUGGCCUGAACCACACCGCCGGCUUUGACGGGUACAUCGACCUGGGCAGGGAGCUAUCUAGCCUGCACACCCUGCUGACCGAGCUGGACCAGUCGUGCCUGGUGAAGCUCAGUCCUCUCCCUCGGAUCCUCAGAGAUGUUUCUUCAGCUCUCUGUAACCCCGGAGGCGUGUCCACUGUGGCAGGCGUGUCCACCAUGGGAGGCGUGUCGGUUUCUUCACCUGAACAGCAGCGUGUGAUGUCUCCGCCCCCUCUGUCUCCUCCCCCUCUGUCUCCGCCCCUUUCUCCUCCUCUGGCGGCCUGUAAUCCCUCCAUCGGCCUGCAAGGCAGCAUGGGGCUGGAUGGAGGGUUGGUAGACUUCACCAGACUUCCGUCUCCGACUCCAGAGAACAAGGAUCUGUUCUUCGUCACUAAAGGUUCCAGUCUGCAGCCUGCAUCAGGCCUGCAGGGUUCUCCAGCUCCGAGCUCUUCGUACUCGGAGCCCAAUGAGAAUGAGGCGGCAUUUGAAAUGACCAACGGGGGCCGGAGGGAGGGGCCGGAGCUGACCAAUGAGAGCCGCAGCCUGUCUCUGGUCGACCUGCAGGACUCUUCCCCUAGCGACGGCCUCGACGACGGCCAGUGGCAGCGUAGGACGGGGCUCCUUCCCCUCUCCUUCCAGAACCCCGUCUAUCACAUGACCGCCACGUCGCCACGGCAACCCCAGCAGCAGGCCGACGCCAUGCUGUCGGACGGCUCGGCGGGAUCGCAGGGGAAUGCUGACGACAGGAACACCGUGGCGACCAAACCGGCAUUCCUCACCCAGAUGUCGGUGGGGCUGGGGGGAGGGGAGCGGGGGGACAGGAUGUCGGCCAUGUCCAGCAGCAGCAGCGGAGAGGAGUACUCCCGCAGGGCACUGUCCCUCACCGACACGCUCACAGGUAGCUCCCCCCUCCCGCGGCAGAACUCCUCGGGUCCUCAGAGACGCAUCGAUCAGCCGCCGCCUCCUUCCUCGGCUCCUCCGGGACCUCCUCGGGGCCGGACACCUCCCAGCAUGCUCAGCGGCGGCAGUGGCGGAGGCCCUGCCUACCCUCCACGCCCCGCCUCCGGCAGCAUGAUGUCAUCGAGUCCCGAUUGGCCGAGCAGCGGCCAGUCGCGGCUCAGACAGACGUCGUCAUCGUCUAAAGGAGACAGCCCUGAGAAACAGCGGCCCGCUGCCAAGGCUCCAUCUCCGUGUGCAUUAGACAGAACCGCUGCCUGGCUGCUCAACAUGAACUCUGCAUCCUCCUACGGCGAGACGGAGGAUGAUCGGCAUGACGACGCCCUGGUGGAGAAGUACCAGCAGGAGAUCGCCGUGCUGCAGGAGAAGCUGCGGGUUGCUGCGCUGCGGCAGGAGGAGUGUGAAGCUCGUCUGAUGGUCCAGGAUCAGCAGAACCAACGUAUGCUGCAGGAGUACCAGGCUCGGCUGGAGGACACAGAGAGCCGACUGAGGAGACUGCAGGACGACAAAGACCUGCAGAUGAACAGCAUCAUCAGCAGAUUGAUGGCGGUAGAAGAGGAGCUGAAGAAGGACCACUCUGACAUGCAGGCUGUGGUCGACUCCAAGCAGAAGAUCAUAGAAGCACAGGAGAAGAGGAUUUCCAGCCUGGAUGCGGCCAACACUCGCCUGAUGACGGCGCUGACGCAGCUGAAGGAGCGCUACGCUGUGACAUCACAGAGGAACGGUCUGUCUCCUAGCAACACGUCGUCUCUGCAGAUCACCGAGAACGGAGAGUUCCGCAACUCCGGCAACUGCUGAGCUGUGAUUGGCUGCUGCUGCAUGAGGCGGAGCUAACUGACAGAUCGACCAACCAGUACUGACUGACUCCACCCCUGUUGCUAGCUUAUCGCUCACUUCCUGUUUUUGUUUCGCAUGUUUCUUCUUACAAAGUCUGACAUCAUAUCCUGUUUACUUUUGGUACUUCCCGUUAAGAGCCAAACACCCAGCUAUCAAAAUGGACACUUCCAUAUGGCUCUACAAUACUGGAGCAACUCAACCCGUAUAUGGUUCUACAAUACUGGAGCAACUCUCCCUGUAUAUGGCUCUACAAUACUGGAGCAACUCUCCCUGUAUAUGGCUCUACAAUACUGGAGCAACUCUCCCUGUAUAUGGCGCUACAAUACUGGAGCAACUCUCCCUGUAUAUGGCUCUACAAUACUGACGCAACUCUACCUGUAUAUGGUUCUACACCAGCGGAGCAACUCUACCUGUAUAUGGUUCUACAAUACCGGAGCAAGUCUACCCAUAUAUGGUUCUACAAUACUGCAGCAACUCUACUCGUAUAUGGUUCUACACUACUGGCACAACUCUCUCUGUAUAUGGCUCUGCUUUGACUGGUCUUUUGGAACGUCUUGUACUCACUCUGGUCUAAGUGGAGCAGCUCAUCCUGUUUAUGGCUCUGGUUUAAUUGAAACAACUCCAUGUAUUUAUGGUUCUGCAGUGACUCUGGUUCUGCGUAGAUCAGACGUUUGACUCGUGGAGCCGCGAUAAACAGCCUUCUGUUUGUUUGCUGAUUUUAAGGAACGUUUGGACGUCAGAGAGAACAUCUUCAUCCAGGCCAGGCUAGCGUAGCACCAACACUGGAACAGACCCUCCCGGCUUCCGUAGUUUCAGUAUUUGUUGGUUUAGAUGCUUGUUUUUGUUGUUUCAGAGAACUUUAAUGUAAACAGCAGAUUUCAUUGUAAACUUGUGCUGAUGGUUUGUGAGAACGUCUCUGCUGUGGUUCUACCUGUUCUGUAUCUUUGGUUCCCUUUCAGACCCUCUUAUUGUUAUUUAUCCACUUCAGUAUUUAUAAAGAGACGACACAAUAAAGUCA